AUGUCCUUGUACAGUCCGAAUUUCCGCUUAUUACAGUUUCACUCCGUCACUGAUUUCCGUCUUCUGAUUCCAUUUCGAGUCCUAGUUCUGGGUCGGACUAUUAGUGCGCGGAAUCCGAAACGUAUACGAAUUACUAGUCCGAGUAUGAACCACAACAACUGGCGACGCGGUCAUUUUGAACCAAUGGAGUCCUGUAAUUUGGAGAACUUGAAUAUGCACGCCGGUGCUCGCGAAGUCGAAGACUAUCUUGAACGAUUCGAGAUUUGGUGUAAUCCGGGGAAAGGACCCGAUGGAGAACGCAAAACGGCUUAUUUCCUAACGGUCGUCGGAGAGGAUGCAUACUAA